CGGAAGUAGGGUGUUGGGGUGGAUGGAAAAUUUUGUGGGACCUAAAAAUCCCAUCGUAGGUAAAAUAUUUUAUUUGGCAGGUACUGGAUGGAUCUCUCCCUUCAGCUAUUAACCUCGAGCGGAAGGGGGGUACCUAUUCCGAAUGUGUGCAACGUUUGUUCCCACGGGGAGGAGACAACGGAGCAUGCUCUAAAAUCCUGUCUGAAGGCGGCCGAGGCUUGGAGGGCGGCGGGAGUGGCUCUCAGCAAUGGGGAUGAGUCUUUCGAGGUAUGGCUUCAAAAACUUCUUUCGGGUCCGAAUAAAGAAUUGAGUUGUAAAGUGGCUAUGCUAGCAUGGGGAUUAUGGAAGAGAAGAAACUCCCUAGUUUGGGAAGAUGAAAUGCAGGAGACGGCCAACUUGCUAAAUAGUUGUGCAUGCAUCUUCUUGCGUGGAGGGAGGCCCGGUGGGUAUGAAAACGGUGGGCAGCAGUCCUGGCAAAGGAAAUCCUGGGUGGAGCAAGCCGAGAGUAGGUUACUUGAAGGUAAA